GGCAAAUAUGGCGUCAGCGUAAAUCUUACCAGACAAAACGGGAAAUGUUCUGUUAGUAAUCCGUCCUUAAAUCUGUGUAGAUAUUCAACAUUUCCAGCGUAUUUUACCACGUUUGCUCUUCAGUCGUCUGCCAUGGCUGGCGUUAUGGAAACAGAGGAACAGGCGAGAAACCGUUUCCAGCUGGAGUUGGAGUUUGUUCAGUGUUUAGCAAACCCAAACUACCUUAACUUUUUGGCUCAAAGGGGUUACCUGAGAGAGAAGCCUUUCGUGAAUUACUUGAAGUAUCUGCUUUACUGGAAAGAGCCAGAUUAUGCUAAAUUCCUAAAGUAUCCUCACUGUCUGCACAUGUUAGAGCUGUUGCAGUACGAACACUUUCGGAAAGAACUGGUGAACGCUCAGUGUGCCAAGUUCAUAGAUGAGCAGCAGAUCCUGCACUGGCAGCAUUACUCACGGAAGCGAACACGUCUGCAGCAGGCUCUCGCAGAACAGCAGCAACAACAGCAGCCGCAGGCUCCACCACACAGCAACGCAACCUCCAAGUGAAGUGAUCAACACGCUCCGUCUGUGUUUCAGAUAGGGAUUUUUGUAAAUAGAAGCAAGUGGGGUUUUUUAGUUGUAGUUAAAAUCAGGCUUGGACUGUCGGAAUGCUCUCUAUAGGCCCAUAAUGUUGUGUGUUUGUAAACCACUUGGAUGAAACGUCAGAGAAAUGAAUUCGGUAAGAUGAGGCUGAUGAAAUUGCCUUUCAGCAGGUUUUUUUUUUUUUUUUAACAGUCUUAUGUAUUGGAAAAUAAAUAAUUGAUCAACUUG